AUAAAGCUUGCUGAAAUUUUAGCCUGUACUUGAACUCAAAGACACUUAAGUUCAAUAUGAAAAUCGUAUUUACUUGUUUAUUUGUAAUUUUUGCAAUGAAUGCUAUAGGCCUUAUUGAAGAAGCGGAAGGUGGCGUGGUUUCCUGUACCAUAGGCAAACUUCCCCUAAAGGUAAUACAACUAAAUGAUGCUGCUUGCGCAGCCAAGUGUUUACUUCAACGCCACAAAGGAGGUUAUUGUGAAGGGGUCCAUUGUCGUUGCCGCGAUUAAUAACUAUGGAAUUUUGCAAUAAUUUUUUUAAAAAUGUUUAAUAAAUGAAUUUGAGAAUA